CAAAAUGAUGUAUUAAACCCUUUAUGACCUUAGAUUACCGAAAAAUAACAUUUAGGAAACCUUUAAACAAAACAAAAAUAAGAUAUUGUAGGGCUAUGAUGGUCAACAAAAACAAUAAAAUUCGUCAUAUAUGGAGUUUAACCAAAAUGAUAUUAGGCGUAGAUUGGACUUUUGGAUAUGGUCGACUUUCUGUAGCAUCCAGCAAGAUCUGUGGAGUAUCUAUCUAAACAUAAAUUAACAACUUUUUUCGCGUUUCAAUAAUCUUGGGUCUGCAAUCUUUCGCCAAAAAUUCAUCAGCCCAAGAAGAAUCAUUUCCAAGUAUCUAAGUUCGCCGCUAUCCUCUCGACCUAGGGCUUCCAAUCCUUUCCGUUUCAGAAGGGGAUCAUUCAAAGAUUACCACCCAAAAGGAAGGAAAGAGACCAAAUGUAUGCCCCUUUCAGGGCCUAUUGAUCUUUCCUCCUUUGGUGAAAUUAAAUCGAUGUUUCUUGUUGGAGCACUGCUACGUUUUGGAUUUGUAACAGCUUGGCUCUUUCACCUUGUUGCCUGUAUGGGAGCAGUUGCUGUCUUGGAUGUGAUGCGAAGCACAAACUGAUCAAAAGUCAAAGUCAAAGUCAAACUCGCCCAAUGUCAAAACCUUGUAUGGCAGAUGACACCUGGACAAGUAGUAGAUUUGACAUGGACAACACACUCAAUCCAUCUCUUGAUUCUCACGACUUCAUAAAUCAUGGUUUUCUUCUGUGGAACCAAAGUAGACAACAUUGGAUAGGAAAUAAAAGAAAUAGACAAAGAAACAAGCCUCGCGAACCAAGAUUGAGUAAGAAUGUUACCUAUGAUAGUUUGCUAGGUAGCAACAAGCCCUUUGCAAAGCCCGUUCCUCUUUCUGAAAUGGUAGAUUUUUUGGGGGAUGUAUGGGAGCAGGAAGGGUUGGAUGUAAGAUGUUGCUUAAACUUCAAUACAAGAAAAGUUUUCAAGAAAAUGAAGGUGGUUUUAGCGUUUUUAAUGUUUCAAGGUGGCAAACUACAUAUUUGUUUACACGUACCUAACAAUGGAGUCAUACCUAAGCAUAUGAGGUUCCAACCGCCACCACCAUGUGUUACACUUUCAUCCUCCACCUUCUUCUUGUUCUUCCGACCAGUCAAGAGCGUCGCCCGCUGCUUCACCGACGAGUACCACCACAUCGCUACCACCGGAGACGUAAGGAAUUCAGGGGAGCCACCGAGACCCACGAUGGAGACAGUGAACGCCGCUGUUGAGUGUUGCCGCCAACAACCCUAUGGUCUCCGUUUGGGUCGUUGCCGUUAUUGGAUAUCCAUUUCUGUCCUCCACUUCUUGUUGUGGGCAUUGUUUCGUUCCAAGGUGGUCUCCGCUCAUCCUCCUCAUCCCUUCUUCUCUCUAGUUCGUUGUUGCAACGCCGCAUUUAGCCACUGUUGUGGCUAUGAGGGCUGCCGCUGUCAUCGUCACGCACCUUAA